AUGUGUGUGUGUUUGUAUAUGCCGCUCCCGCUUCUCGCGCCCCUCCUGCUGCGCGUCUGCGCCGACCCGAACUCGCAUGCAAUGGACUGCCCCAGGUUGCGGAAGCCAUGCCUGCCUGAAGGAAGGGGGGCGGCCGUGCUGCUCCGCGAGUGGAAUCACAUCGUGUGGGACAAGCUGGCGUACGGCCCACCGUUGCCCGACAAUAGCAAGCAGCUCAUCCACGUUGGCUUCUUCGACACGCGGCCGAGUCCGAGCCUGUGGGAGAUGGGCAAGGCCGCUGCGCUGUUCAACUCAUCAGGCGUAGUGGUGCACGCGUUGCUAGCAGUCAAGCCAGUCGCUGCAGAUGUGCCGUCAGGGAUCCGUGUCACCAUGAUGAAGCUGACGAAGCGACUCGCGUGCAUAUACGACAACUUUGCGCACAACUCCCAUGGGCCCGGCCCGGCGUACCUCAUCAAGACGCUAUUGCCUUGGAUCCUGCCACCCGAGGUGCCUAGGAUCAUCCUGCUUGACACUGACACUGUCGUCUUGCGCCCCAUCAUCAAGCUAUGGUCGGUCUUUGAAAGCUUUGGCGACCGUGCGGUGAUCGGCAUCGCCAGGGAGCAAAGCAACCUCUACGAAAACAUGGUUGGAAGAAACGGAGGCGUCCAGCUCAUGAACCUCGUCGCUGCCCGCGCUUCCGCAACGUAUGUGCGAUACCUCGACCGGAUAGCAGCUGGCCGCACCGGCUACUAUGUCGGAUACCUGGGAGACCAGACGCUAUUUGUGGACAUCGUGUCUCCAGAUCUGGAGGCGAUCUGCGCCGCGAAGGGGGUGGAGUGCGAGACGCCGGCGCCGACGCCUUGCCGCGACUUGCCCGCCGACCAGCGGGAGGCGUGCGCACAGAGCGAGAUUGCGCAGUUUGGCGUCUGCAAGACCAUUAGCUGCACCGCCCUCGCCAUCGCCGCCGGCCUCUUCAACGGCUCCUACCCAAUCUUUCUCAAGCGGCCCGCCGUGCUCGCCGCUCGCGUGCCUCCUCUCUUCUUCCAGUCGGCCAAGUCCAGCUGCUGCUGUCUCCUCGGCGCGUGCCUCGUGCUGCUGCGGCUGGCGCGCAGCGGCGAGCCCUUCCUCUUCACGUGGUGGGCCGUAGCCUCCGCCGCCGCCUGGAUCCCCGCCGGGCUCUGCACCAUCGCAGCCGUACCGAGGCUCGGAGUCGGGCCGGUGAUGCUCACCUCGGCCGGCACCGGGACGCUCGCCUCCUUCCUCGCCGGCUCGAUCGCGCUGGGUGAGCGGCUCAAGGUGCACACGCUCGACGGCGGCGGCACCUUCCUCCUCGCGCCCGCCUACCUCGCUGGCGUGCUGCUCGGCAUGGCGGGCGUGCUGCUCGGCAUGGCGGGUCUCAUCUUUGCGCCUCGGCUCUCGCUGCAGCGCGCGAGGCAGCACCCCUCAGCGCCCCUCGUCCUCGCCGAGGAGGAGGGCGAGGCGGACAGCGAGGCGCUGCACAGCCCGCGCAGAGCAGACGCGGAGGGGUUGCCCGUGGCUCCGAGACGUCGAGCGAAGACGGCGGCCGCGACGACCCGAAUCGCGCCCUCCUUGGCGGGGAGCCUUCUAGGCGCUCCUCUGCCGCCCUUUGACCGCGUUGGGUACGCGCUGGCGGCCGCCGCCGGCGUCUUCGCCUCUGUCCAGUACGUGAUGGUGCUUCGCGCGGCGGUGCUGCCUGGUCUGGGCGCAGGCCUCUGCUGGACGGCGGGCAACUUGCUGUCGACGCUCGCCGUCGAGCUGGGCGGCAACGCGGUGACGGCCUCCAAUCUCGUCACCUCUGGCGCGUGGAGCCUCCUCUUCUACCGCGAGUUCUCGGGCCGCGCUGCCGCUGUGUGGGCUGCGGCGGCGGCCUUCACGAUGGCCAUGGUCGUGCUGCUCGGCUUCGAGAAGGUGAAGGAAUGA